UAAUUUUAUUACAACAAUGUCGAAAGUCAACACCCUCUACAAUUAUUUCACUUCACCCAAAACUGCCAAGCCGAAUAACGGUGCAACAACUCCAGCAAAAUCGAAAUCAGCAACUCCAAAGAGGGAACAAAAGAAUAAAGGAAGAAAAAUAAUUGAAGGAAAGGAAAAUGUAAUCUCUACUGAACGUAAAAGAUCAAUUGAAGAUGAUGAAGACGAAGGUCCGUCGCCAGUAAAGCCUAAAAAGAGGAGGAUAAUAAUUCCCGAGGAUAGUGAAGAUUCAGAAGAUGAAUUUAAACCUGGCUCUGAAGAAGAGUUAGAAUCAGAAUCUGCUUCAGAAGGUGUUAGCGAAGAUGAACCAGAAACUGCAAGUGACGAAGAGAGUCCUAAGAAGAAGGUGAAAAUAUCAAAGACUCCUGCCAGUUCAGCUAAAAGAGACAAUAAGAUUCAAAAGCCUAAGGGUAAGAAAGAAUCGAAGCCUACAUUGGCACCACAAGAACCAGGAAUAACUGCUGCUCCUAUUAUUUCGGAAUCUUGGCCACACCUGAAGUAUGAUUUUCUUCAACCAAAUAAAAUCAAAGAUAUAAAUCAAAGACCUGCUAGUGAUCCAGACUAUAAUCCAAGAACUGUCUACGUUCCAGUAAAUUUUCUUAAUAAUCAAACACCUGCUAUGCGACAGUGGUGGGAGUUAAAAAGCAAACAUUUUGAUUGUGUACUGUUUUUCAAAGUUGGAAAAUUCUAUGAACUUUAUCAUAUGGAUGCUGUCACUGGAGUAAAUGAGCUCAGUCUUUCAUAUAUGCGGGGAGAAUUUGCACAUUCAGGAUUUCCGGAAAUCGCUUAUGGCCGUUUUUCUGCAAGCUUAAUUGAAAAGGGAUACAAAGUAGCACGAAUUGAACAGACCGAAAAUCCAGAUAUGAUGGCUCGGCGUUGUGGCAAAAUUGUUAAAGUAACAAAGUUCGAUAAAGUAGUAAAACGGGAAAUAUGUCAGAUAAGCACAAGAGGCACAAGAGUUUACACUCCUCAAGAUGCAGAAGCAUCGACACCAAAUUCGAAUUACUUGCUAGCUUUAGUGGAAAAAUGUUAUUCUGGAGUACCAUCAUUUGGAGUAUGCUUCCUCGACACUACUAUUGGUGAAUUUUAUUUGGGCCAAUUUGAAGACGAUCGAUGCAAUUCACGACUUUUGACAUUAUUGGCACAUCAUCCCCCAGCGCAUAUUGUAUACGAGCGCGGCAAUUUGUCUCAGCAUACAAUGAAAAUUUUAAAUACUUUAUCGUCAGUGACUAUUAAAGAACCAUUACAACGAGAGUCACAGUUCUGGUCUGGAUUAACAACGCUAAAAAAACUGCACGAAGGAGAUUAUUUCAAGAAAGAAGGGGACUCUAAUUUCUCGUGGCCAGAGGGCAUACGAGGCUACCUCAGUGAAGGCGACAGCUUAGGAUUGACACCAGCUGAAGACAAAGAGUUAGCUAUACACGCAUUAGGCGGAUGCGUAUACUUACUUAAAGAAUAUUUACUGGAUCAACAACUAUUGGCUCAAGGACGUUUUAAAACUUACGUACCUCCUGAUUACAAUAACAACCAAUCUAAUCAUUCAAUGAUUUUAGCAAACAAUAUGGUUUUGGAUGCUAUUACAAUAAAUAAUCUGCGUGUUCUGACUGGGGAAGGAUCUCUUAUUUCAACAAUAGAUCGUUGUUGUACAGCAUUUGGGAAAAGGCUACUGCGAGACUGGGUUUGCAAACCAUCUUGUCGUAAAGCUAUUAUAACGGAGCGACAAGAAGCGGUGUCAGAAUUGCUGGACAGAUCAGAUGUGGUACAAGACGCGCGUGCCAUUUUAGGAAGUUUACCUGAUCUAGAGAGAUUGCUAAGCAAAAUACACGCUCAGGGCAAUGCAGUAAAGAUGACGAAUCAUCCCGAUGGAAGAGCAAUCAUGUUUGAAGGGCAAACUUACUCUAAAAGAAAGAUUUUGGACUUCACUACCACUCUCGAUGGAUUUGAAGAGAUUCUCAAGCUCAUUGCUUUGUUCAGUGAUUUCAACACUGCAUUACUACAUCGGUACACAAGAUUGGAGCCGGAAGGAGACUUCCCGAAUUUGAGGAAGACUCUGGACUACUUUAAGACCGCGUUUGAUCACGAGGAAGCUAAAAAGGAAGGCUGCAUCGUUCCUAAAGAAGGCGUGGACAGUGAAUACGAUUCCGUUCUUCAGGAACUCGCUGAAAUAAAGUCCGACUUGAAUGACUAUCUGGCGAAGCAGAGAAGACAUUUUGGAGUGAAGGUGACCUUACACGGGACGGACAGGAAACGCUAUCAAAUCGAAGUUCCUGAAACGCAAAUGAAGAAAGUAGGUCCCGGUUAUGAGCUUCAAUCGCAGCGUAAAGGGUACAAACGGUAUUACACGGCAGAAGCUAAGGAACUUCUUUCCAGACAAAUAAACGCCGAGGAACAUCGAGAUAAAGUCCUAAAAGAUCUUAACAGAAGAAUAUUCGCCAAAUUCAGUGAAAUGUACGAUAUGUGGAGUUCUGCAGUCCACAAAGUCGCAUCCCUGGAUGUUCUAAUCGCGUUUGCCGAGUACACCCGGAGUGGAGACAUGUGUGUUCCAGAAAUCCACGAGGUUACUGAAAAUGGCGAGGUUUUCAUCGACAUAAAAGAGGGUAAACAUCCGUGUAUCAUGUCUGAUAACUUUAUACCCAACGACACUGUACUGGGGAUCACGGAAUGUGCUCCUCUAAUGAUCUUGACUGGACCGAAUAUGGGUGGUAAAUCGACCCUAAUGCGGCAAGUCGGAUUGCUCACCAUUAUGGCGCAAAUCGGUUGCCACGUCCCAGCGAGUUCCUGUAGACUGACUCUCGUAGAUCGCAUAUUCACUCGUCUGGGGGCCAACGACGACAUUCUGGCUGGCCAGAGUACUUUCUUUGUGGAGCUAAGUGAAACUGCAACGAUACUUCAUCAUGCGACUCCAAAUUCCCUGGUUCUCUUAGACGAAUUAGGACGUGGAACAUCGACUUACGACGGCACUGCGAUAGCAGCAGCAGUUGUUGGCGCUCUUACGAAGUUACGAUGCCGCACAUUAUUUUCAACGCACUAUCAUUCACUGGUAGAGGACUACAAGACGAACGAGAAUGUCACGUUAGCACAUAUGGCUUGCAUGGUGGAAAAAGAGGAGGAAGAGGAGGUGUCUCAAGAAACGGUGACUUUCCUCUACAAAUUGAGCGGAGGUGCUUGUCCGAAGUCGUAUGGGUUCAACGCUGCUAGGCUGGCAGGAAUACCACCGAAGAUUACAAAGAGAGCCCAUGAGAUAUCCAGCAAUCUCGAACGCGAAACAAAUCAGAAGCACAUUUUCACCGAACUUUGCAAACUCGACGAGUCGUCCAUCAAGAGCCUCAUCGCUGCCUUCUAAGUAUCAUAUAUUUAUAUCAGUCCAUGUCGUUUGAGAAGAAAAAUGAUUCGAGAGUAUUUGUAGCACUGCUGGCAAAAGUGAUAUUUAUAUACAUAUAUUCAAUGCCGUACCUUAAUAUUAACGUUGUGUCAGUAUAGGAUCUACCAAGUAUUCAUUGCUUGCAUGGAAGUAUUUUGAUAGUUACCGCGUUACAAGUAUGAACCUACGUUGGUUCGUCUUUGUUCCUCCUUUAUGUUAUUCCUGUGUUAAUUGUGUAUUAAAACACGUACGGGUCUAUUCAGUACAAUGCAUUUUUGAUACUCUGAUGCGCUGUUUUACAAGGUACAAUCCUUCAA